AUGGAAGCAAUUUCGCAAGCACUUCAGCCGUACAAGGAGCAGGUUGGUUUCGCGGCCGGAGUUUUGACGGUUGGGCAAAUGUUUAGCGGUUGCUUCGUGUGCAACGACAUCCGGAAGAAGGGCACCACGGACGGCUUUUCGGCGAUGCCGUUCGUCGGCGGUUGCGGGCUCACCGUUCUCUUCCUGCAGCACGGCAUCCUCAUGGGUGACUCGGCGAUGACCAACGCGAACCUGGUCGGUCUGGCGAUCAGCAUCGUCUACACGACGUUCUUCCUACUGUACACCCCACCGGAAGGUAGGGGUAGCUUUUGGCGGCAGGUUGGCUUUACCGCGCUGUUCACGCUCACCAUCCUCGGGUAUGCGAAAAUUGAAAACCCAGCCGUGGUGGAGGAUCGGUUCGGAAUGAUCAUCACCGUGCUGAUGCUGUGCCUGAUCGGGCAACCGUUGUUUGGCCUACCGGAUAUCAUCCGUCGUAAGAGCACAGAGGGUCUUCCGUUCGCCAUGAUCCUGUCCGGUACGAUCGUCGGCUUGAGUUGGCUGCUGUACGGUGUAAUUCUGAACAACGUGUUCGUCGUGUUGCAAAAUUUGGCGGCCGUUUCUUUGAGUGGUAUCCAGCUGGCGCUGUUUGUGAUUUAUCCUUCCAAACCGGCACAACCGAGUAAAAAACGUGAUUAAAAUCUGCGUUGGGCCGUUUGUACAAACCGAAAUUUACCAGC